CGGGGCUGGGACCCCGAGCCCCGGGCAGAGGGGGCGGGACCUGCCCGGGCGGCCAAUGGCGAGUCCCCGGCGGGGCCCCGCGAGCACCUGCGGGCCGACGGGUCGAGGUCGGGGAGCUGGAGCGAGCCAGCGGCCUGGGAGUGGGGACCCAGCCACAGGAGAUGCUGACCUCAGCCCUGAGCCUCCACAGCGGCACCUGGAUAGAGUCCGUCCCUCUGCUCCUGGGUCUUGGCGCCGUCCUGUACUUGGGCUACUACUGGGCAUGCGUGCCCCAGAGGCCUUGCCUGGUGUCUGGGCCCCAGUUUCUGGCCUUCCUGGAGCAACACUGUCCCGUCACUGUGGAGACAUUCUACCCUACACUGUGGUGUUUUGAGGGGCGGCUACAAACCAUCUUCCGGGUCUUAGUGCAGCCUCGGCCCCUGGUCUCUUACUGGAGUGAAGUCCUCCAAACCCCGGACGGAGGACAGCUCCUGCUAGACUGGGCUGACCAGCAUGGCGGCAGUCAGUGCCCUGACCCUACUACCCAGCCCAUUGUUUUGCUGCUUCCUGGCAUUACAGGCAGCAGCCAGGAGACGUACAUCCUGCACCUUGUUAACCAAGCUCUAAGGGACAGCUACAGGGCAGUCGUAAUCAAUAACCGAGGCUGCCGUGGGGAAAGACUGCUGACUCACAGGACCUUUUGUGCCAGCAACACUGAAGAUCUGGAGAUGGCUGUGAACCACAUAAAGCACCACUACCCCCAAGCUCCACUGCUGGCUGUGGGCAUCUCUCUUGGAGGGAUACUGGUACUGAACUACCUGGCACGGGCUGGGCGGGCUGCGGGGGUGGUGGCAGCACUGACCCUGUCUGCAUGCUGGGAUUUCUUUGAGACGACCCGCUCUCUGGAGACUCCACUCAACUCACUGCUCUUCAAUCAGCGCCUGACUGCCAGCCUUUGCCGCGUUGUGGACCGAAACAGGAGGGUGAUUGAACAGGUGGUGGAUGUAGACUUUGUGCUACAGGCCCGCACAAUCCGCCAGUUUGAUGAGCGCUACACAGCCGUGGCCUUUGGAUAUCAAGACUGUGUGGCCUAUUACCAAGCAGCGAGCCCAAGAACCAAGGUGGAUGCCAUCCAGGUCCCUGUGCUGUGCCUCAAUGCCACAGACGACCCCUUCUCCCCAGCCCACGCCUUUCCUCUCCAGGCUGCCCAGCACUCUCCCCACGUGGCACUGCUCAUCACUGCCCGGGGUGGCCACGUUGGCUUCCUGGAAGGGCUGCUCCCCUGGCAGCACUGCUAUAUGAGCCACCUCCUGCAUCAGUAUGCCAGAGCCAUCUUCCAGCACCCAGAGGAGCUACUCAGCCUCAGGGCUCUCCCACCUUCUGAAGGAGACAAAAGCUGACAGGAACACUGUUUGGGGCCUUAGGGCUAGAAAGAGGAUUCCUCACCUGCCUUCUCUGCCUUCUUGUCGCCCUUCUGUUGGUGGGUCUGGAAGCGCAGGAGCUGACAAUGGGCAUCCUGCCCUGCAGCAAGGAUGUCACCAGCCAGUGCCAAGUUCAUGGUGGCCCGUGUCUCCGUGUCAUGGGAGUGUAGCAAGGAGGCGCUCAGGCGCCCAUUAAUCUGCUCAAGCUGCAGAAAGUGCUGUGGGAGAGGGAACUAGGAUGAGCAAAGUUCAGAGUAACCACAGAGCAGAGUUC